AUGUCCGAGCCAAAGAGUCCGUCACACGACGAGGUGAUCCCAACUCCAGGAUCUGAUGUGGUGCACUCUCCCGGUACGAGUCCUUUUCGGUCGCGUGACAGACGGGCUUCAAGAAGUUAUUCUAUCAAUAGAAGGCCUUCGUUUGACACAACUAUGCUAAACAGGGGAUCUCGAAACGCGGAAUCAGCUAGCGAUGCCGGAUCCACCAAGAACCGCUAUGAUCUAAGUGAAGAAGGCGAACAAGACGCCCUUGGUCUUUUGCAUGGCGAUGUCCAUCUUGAGCCCGCUCGAUACGAUGAGGAUGUCGUCAUAGAUCAUAGGCCAAGAAAACAGAGUUUUGUGGAUAAUCCUGCGGUGCCAGCUCGUCAUUCCAUGUCGCACGCACGGAGAUAUAGCGUGGAAAACAACGUUGCUCAGAAAUCCAUUCCCAAGACGUCAUCUCCUCUCACGUCUUCCAAUUUUGACAGAAUAUACAUGCCACCUGAAUCCCCAUCACAGACGGUGAGGCCUACAUACGCCGAAAGAUGGGUGAAGAGACAGUCCACUUAUGAUAAGGACCAUUUCCCGUUGCAGAAAGGCGGAAACAAUUACGGGUCGACCUCGGCUGCACCAAUAGACAUACGAGAAAGGACUCAUCACAAUGAUACAUACCACGAUGCGCAGUUUAUUGGAGAUACUUCAAGUUCUCAGGUAGACCACUAUGAAUCGUCUAAUCCAUCCUCGAGAAGGACCUCCGAGAGCUCUUCUUUGGCGGAUGUGUGUUUUCCUCUGGAGGCAUUGGAUGAUCCUGGUAAGCAAAAGAGCUGGCCUGAUAUUGCCAUACUCCAAGAAUUUGCUGAUGAUGAGGCAACAGAGCUGCGCAAACUGGUAGAGGCCAACAUGGAGUCAUUUCAAAGCAGAAAGUCUUCGUUUAGUUCGGUGUCUCCAAACAAUUCCGGGAUCAACUUUCAACAACCACUUGUGGGAAAUAUUGAUAUGGAGAGUUUGCACACUUCAAACUUGUUAACAGGUUCCAAAAUAGACGAGAGUGGACCUAUAAAUGGUCGUCUUCGUCCUCCCAAGACCGUUCCUUGGGCGAAAGCUCAGCAAAACCCAGUCUUCCCUCUACCACAAACUCUGAAAAUUCCUUCUGACAAGCCUUCUCCUUCGAAGGCUCAAAUUGGACAGUACAGGUUUACUUAUUUUCGGGAAGAUCUGGAAUCAACUAUCCAUUCCACCACCAUCUCUGGUCUCUUGCAAGACGAUCUCACUUUCAGUGACCUUUUCGUGCCUUCCCAUUACUCUGUGAGCAAGAGCAACUCUGUUGCUGGAAAUAGCACACUGCUGAACCAACCUGCUACAUCUCUGAAUCCGAUGACAAAAGUGAGUUCCGGCAGCGUUAGACCCCCAACACCUGCCCAGACGGGAACGUCUACGCCAACUCCUUCCAUCAUGAAUGAGCCAAGGCAAGAGUGCUCCCCAUUCUGGUUGGAUGUCUUAGAUCCAACGGAAGAGGAGAUGAAAGUCCUAUCCAAAGCCUUCAAUAUACAUCCUUUGACAACUGAGGAUAUCUUCCUUGGUGAGACUAGAGAAAAGGUCGAGCUGUUCAAAGAUUACUAUCUCGUCUGCUUCAGAUCGUUUGAUGUUGUUCAUGAACGCAAUGUUCUCUCCAGGAUGGCAGCUAAAAAGUCAGUGACUGGUGGCAGUUCUGAUUGUGAGAACGAACUUUCUUACAAGCCAUCAAUGCUGAACUCCUUUUUCAACAUGCUAAGAGGCAAGUCUGGCUACGUUUCUUUAGAUGAAGAAGUGCGUUCUGUCAAAAGCUUCAAGAAAGGCUCUUCGGGUUCUGUUGGCUCGCGCAAGAAGAACAAGCAAUUAGAUGCUGAGAAGAGAAAUGGAAGGCACAGACACAAAGCUAGGGAUGGUGAACUUGAACCGCUCAACAUGUAUAUCAUUGUGUUUAGGGAUGGUGUCUUGACUUUUCACUUUGCCCCAACACCCCAUCCCAUUAACGUUAGGAGAAGGGCAAGGCUCCUGAGAGAUUACCUGACUGUCACCUCUGAUUGGAUUGGAUAUGCCCUCAUUGAUGAUAUCACCGAUGCUUUUGCUCCCAUGAUAGAAAGCAUUGAAGAUGAGGUAAAUUCAAUUGAAGAUGCGAUUCUGGUGAUGCACUCUGCUGAUAAAGAGGAAAGCGAUGAUGACUCCGAUGAGGAUAGUGACGACGAAGAUGAAAAGCCAUGGUUCAGAAUGAAGAAUAGAACUUCCGAUGGAGACUCGGUAGUUUCCCGAAGAUCGAAAAAAUCGAGUACUAGUACCAGUUCCUCCUCCUCGACCAAGACCAGAGUCGCAGGUUGGAAACGCAAGGGAGAUAUGCUGAGGAGAAUUGGUGAAUGCCGUAAGAGGGUCAUGUCCAUACUGAGACUAUUGGGCUCAAAAGCAGACGUUAUCAAAGGCUUUGCCAAGAGGUGUAAUGAACAGUGGGAUGUCGCGCCGCGUUCAGAAAUUGGGAUGUAUUUGGGAGAUAUACAAGAUCAUAUCGUGACAAUGGUCCAGUCUUUGAACCACUACGAGCGACUACUUGCGAGGUCUCACUCAAACUACCUGGCCCAAAUCAACAUCGACAUGACCAGAGUUAACAACGACAUGAAUGAUGUAUUGGGUAAGAUAACCAUCCUGGGUACUAUUGUGUUGCCUAUGAAUAUUGUUACCGGUCUUUGGGGUAUGAAUGUGUUGGUUCCAGGUCAAGAGGAAGAUAACCUCGUCUGGUUUGUCUCAAUCACCUCAGGUAUGAUAUUCAUUGCAAUGUGCUGUUACUUAUACGCAAAGCGGGUCAGUGGACUUACGUGA